AUGUCACAAAAAUAUGUACAAACUCUAUGGACUAAUACUCAAAUUCAAUUAUCACGUUUGCUUACAUCAGAAACAUUUGGUCCAAAAGGUUUCGAUAGUAAACGUAAAGCUAAUGAUUAUGUACGUCGAUUGUUUAUUAAAUAUAAUGAUAUUAUGAAAAAACUCGAUGAAAUCUAUCAAACAUUAAUUCAUCCACAAAAACGUUUAAUUAUACGUAUUUUACUUGAUGGUAUUGUUGGACGAUUAAUUGAAUUAAAACAAGAAAUGAUUAAAUUUGAUUGUUGUGAAUAUACAUAUUUUGAAGAUUUAGCACUUGAUCAAAAUAAAACAUUAGAUGAUUUAUGUAUUGAAAUUCCUCGUUAUUUUACUGAAGAUCGUUUUAAAUCAAUAGAACAACGAAAUCAUACUAUAAGAAUGAUUCUUGAUCGUUUAGAACAAUCAAAAAAUGAUCUUUCUAUAAAAUCUUCAUUUGAUUCUUUAUUAACAUUAAAAAAUUAUCAAACUAAUAUAAUUCCAUUGGCUACUGUUAUACAUGUUCUUCAGGCACAUGAACGUGCUCGACAAGGUCGUAUACAUGCAUAUUUUAUGCGUCAAAUGAAAAAUGAAUUAAAAAUUAAAGAAAUGAAGUCAAUUAAUGAUAAUAAUCUUGAAGAUAGUUGUCUUAUCAUUCAAACAAUAUGGAGACAAAAAUAUGCUGAAAAAUUAUUCGAUAGAAAAAAGAUUGAAAAUGAAAAAUUAUUAGGCAUGAUCUUACCUCGAAGAAAACUAUCGAUUAAUAAUAGUAUCGAUAGCAGAGAUAAGAAGAGACGUGAUUUACAAUUGCAACAUCAUCAAGAAUUCGAUGAAGCAUCGAAUUAUAUCAAACAAAAAAUUCGUCAAUAUGAAGAAACUGAAGUUAAAUCACGCAUUGAACAUAUUCUUAUUCAAUGGUUAUUAGAAUCACGACAACUCUACGGUCAAUUUCCUAUUUAUCCAUCAGAUGAACUCAAUGGUUCAACAACACUUUUUAAAGAAAUGACAGUAGCUGAAGUUCAAGAAUUUAUCGAUAAGCAAGCUCAAGCAUUAAAAAAGAAAAAAUCUAAGCGAAAAGAAGUAAAAAAACAAGUAAAAAACUUAAAAAAGAAGUCAACAAAACAAAAAUCGACUAUGAAUGAAUUAGAAUCAUCAAAAUUUAUUCCUAUUAUCAAUAAUCAAAUGAAUAUCUAUAAAGAAUUAUUCUAUGAACGAGAUGAAUCAUAUAAUAAAGAACAACAUUAUGAUACAUUAUUAGCUAUAGAUCAUUUUCGACCUGAAGUUGAAAAUGAAAUACGACAUGAUGUUGAUAAUAUUCUUCGUAAUGAAUUAAUUUAUCUGAAAUUAGCAAUUGAUAAUACUGAAGAUAAACAAACAAAAAAAUCGAAAAAGAAAAAGAAGAGAAAAAAACGAAACAAAAAAGUUAAAGAUAUUAUUGCUAAUAGAACAAAUGAUUCAAUCUUUGAAGAACUUGUUGAAACCGGAAUUAUUUUACCUACAAAAUUAGUUCAUCAACAAGAUUUUAUUGGCGAUUAUCAAUAUUUAACUGAAACAAUGCGUUAUAAUGAAAAAGAACCAAUGCCAUCUUUACUCGAUUGUCAACAACUUACAGGUUCACAAAAUGUUCAUCUCAAUAUACCACUACGAAAAGCCGUACUUCUUGCUGGACCACGUGGUAGUGGUAAAGAAUUACUUGUGCAUAUUGCAUGUAAUGAAUUGGGUGGUCUUCUAUUAGAUCUAUCACUAGCAAAUAUUGCCAAAUCAUUUAAUACCGCUGGUGGGCUCAAAGUGCUUUUUGCAAUGAUUAAACGACUUGUAUUAGUGAUGCCUCCAGUUCUUUGUAUGAUACGUGAUAUAGAAUUACUUUUCUCGAAAAAACUAACACCACAAGAAAAAAUAUUUGAACCAAAUCGAUUCAAACGUACCAUACGUAAAUUUAUUAAAACAAUUAAACCCGGUCAACGAAUCAUGUUUAUUGGUAUAUCAUCUCAACCAUAUCGUGCUCGAAUAAAACCAUUAUUACAAAUCUAUGAACAUAUUAUUUUAUUUCCACGACCAAAUUAUGGAUCAAGACGCAAAACUUUUUAUGAAAUUUUAAUUGAAAAAUAUAAUAUGAAUAUUAAUGAUGUUGAAUUAAGUAUUCUAGCAUCAAUAUCAAAUGGUUAUACAGUUGGACAAAUUGUUGAAACAAUUAAUCAAGUGAUUAAUAUUAAACAUGAAAAUAAAUAUUCAAAUAAAAUUUGUACAGCAAAUGAUUUUAUUUCUAUACUCGGUACAAAAAUUCCUGUUUUUAUUGAUGAAGAAAAUAAAAUAAAAAAUUGGUAUGCUCAAACAACUAAUAGUAUCAAACGUUUAAAUGAAAAAGCUCAAAUGUCAAUAACAUCAAAUAAAACUUCGUUAAAAAAAACAUAG